AUUUAAUUUAUAGUUAUUUUGUUAAUAUAAGCAAUACAGUGUAUUCAAAUUGUAGGACUAAAUUGUAAUACAAACUAAAGUAGUCUUACUUGUAAGCAAACAAAAUGUCAGAAAUGCUUAAGAAUUUGAACAGAGAAUCACAAAACUCUGAAAAUAGGGUCUCUGUUGAGGAUCAGCUAAAAGUGUAUGAAUUAUGUAAAACACAUUUAGGCGGCCAUUGGAGUGAUGUUAGUGCUGAUCAACUGGUCAUCAAACGCGUUACGGGCGGUAUAAUAAACAAAUCAUAUUGCUGCAGUUUGCCGCAAAGUGCUCAAACCGGUCAUGAUAAAGUGUUCAUCAGAUUUAACGUGGACUGUACUAGUAGAUUUUUGGAUAAGACACACGAAUUGGUGGCAAAUAUAUUUGCAUCGCAAACAGAUAUAUCACCAAAAAUAUUAGGCAUAUUUGGGAAUGGAUUCAUCACUGAAUAUAUUGACUGCCAUUACUUCACUGCCGAGGAUGACCUGAACCCUAGAUGUGUGGCACUGUUAGCCAAAAAGAUGGCAAAAAUGCAUUCACUAGACGUACCCAUAGCUAAGGACAGCCACCAAUUCCUUAUGAAAAACUAUUGGGAUUUGUUUGCGGCGCCGGUACUCGAGUCCUACAAAAAGGGACACAUCUAUGAAGAGAUCCAAAGACACAAAUUGCAGACAUUUAUGGAAAUGGAUUUAUGCGAUGAGAUGUCGUGGGCUAUGGAGGUGUCG